AUGAGCCACAGCUUAUCCUCGGCACCCAAACCGUCGUCGAUAUCGCCGGUGAUUGUCGGCCACCGCGGGUUCAAGAGCCAGUACACCGAAAAUACGGUUAUUGGGUUCACCAAAUGCUACGAGUCCGGCGCCACUGUGCUUGAAACCGACUUGUGGCUAAGCUCAGAUAACGUGAUUGUGAUCUCACAUGACCAGCUGACGAAACGGAUAUUUGUCGACUCCGAGGGCAACGAUACCGACUACGUUAUAACUGAAACGCCCUUUGACCCCGUGUUGAAGAGUUUGAAAACUAAAGAAGGCGGCUACCCGUUGCUCGCAUUUGUCGACUUGGUCACGUGGUACCAGCAGUAUGUCGCGAGCCACGAGGAGCCCCUGGAUGACUUGUUCAAGUUGCAGUUGGACAUUAAAAAAUUCAACCCUACAAAGAUUACCAAGAACAUCUUGACCGACUUGUUGCUGGUGCAUGACGAUUUGAGCUAUUGGUAUAGUAGAGUGCAAUUUGGCAUUUGGGAUUUGAAGUUUUUGAAAUACUUGAACCAGGACGAUUUCUUCCAACUGGAGAUAUUUGGCGCGGUGGACGCGUGGGGCAAUCGCCAAUUUGAUGUCUUCCACAUUAGUCUCAAUUGGAGAGACUCGAUCAACUACAUCAACUACAACUACUAUUUGGAUGAAACAACUCCAAAAGACCGCAAACUGUUGAAGUUGACGGGGGUCUCCUUAUUGUACAUUUCGACUUGGUCGACUGAGUUUUUGACCAAAUUCAUCCCCCUCUUGCAAAUCCAAGGCUUGAAGUUUUACUCGUGGACCAUAAACAACAAGUUCCAGUUUCAGUACUUGAACAAAGUCGGUGAAAUGGCAAAGUUGGUUGAAUACGGUAUCAUUACCGAUUCGCCAGAUACAAUGGUUGAAUACAAGGAUAGUUUACUCAGGCAGAGACUCGAGAGUAUCGAGCUCCACGCGUCAGACUCAGCAAGCUCGGAAAAGACCUUGGUUGACUAUGGCAGUAACCAAUACUAUAAUGAAGAUGGCGACUUGAAUAUCGAGCUCACGUUGAGGCAACAGGUGUUGUAUUGGCUAUACACGCAAUUCACCUUGCUUAAUGGUUCCAACAGGAAAAUCAAGACCGAGUCGCAAAAAUUCGCAUACCCUGUUGAUGGAGACAAGGUUGAGCCCAACAGAACUAACCCCUUGGCUUCUUGGCUUUUCCAAACUUGUCAAAAAUACGGCAUAUUUUAA